GGAUCAUGUCCCUGUCCAACCCCCUAUCCCAUGGGUUGUUGAAGGACCUUGGCAAACUCUCGGAGUUGAAACAACGAGGACUGAUUCUUGACCGUCACUUCGAGACGAUAAAGGCACAUGUGAAGGCGGGCAACUCCGUUGCGAAGGAGCGAUGGGACGCAAUCGAGAACGCAUGGGGGCUGAAGCAGACGGGUGUAUUCAACGAAGAAGAGUGGAUCACGCAGAUUGAUGGAGAGGCCCAGGGUAUUUCCACCAGCACCCGUCCGUCGUUUUUAACGCCACAAGAUGCGGGCGGCGCGCGAGGUGCACCGUCUUCGCACCCACCGCCUGCUACUGCUGCGGCUGCCGGGAAGAGAAAGGUCGCAGAUCGGGGGAAGCAAGCCAGGAAUCGAGCUGCCCAAGGUGUUCUAGGUGGGAACAUCAUCAACGCGUUCGCUCGUGGCAGCGGAAAACCGAUUGAGCGGACUCGCGGUGGUGUCACAGAGCAUGUGUCGGGCAUCAACUUCCCACCUCCGGCCCCAGAGCGGCGCCUACCGUGCACUCACUGUCCCAUGACCUUCGUGAACGAGCAAGGACUUGGGAUCCACGUGAAAACACAGCACAGCAAUGCAAACAUGUCCAACGGCUUGCGGCUGCAGCGGAUGCUGGGGAAGACUCCCAAAGGGCAUGUUCAGCCGUGGGAAGAAGCCGGGCCUGGACGUUGUUGGCACGUGAAGGUCGAUGGUGCCAGGGGGGCGGCUUCGUUUGUCCUCCAACGGAAGCGCUUCCGCGAUCUCGACUUGGAAAGCGACGGCUUUACGGACCGCAAAGUCAAGGAGACUCGUGGAGCUGUGAAGCGCAAGCGAUACGACUACAGGUUCAAAGCCCAUGUUGUGACCCAGCUGCGCCUCCUCCAGGAAGACGCCGCAGACCUCUUCAAGGAGGAGAAGCUCACGCCUCUCCAGUACUUAGAGGACCGUCUCAAGGUUAACUACAGCCUGAUCGUGAAGUGGGCUCAGGACGAGGCCAAUAUAGUCCAAUCGGCAGCAGAUUACGUGAAGAAGACCCUCCUUGCCAAACAGCAGCCAAAGCGGUGGUUUCCUGAGGAAGAGAAGAAGCUGUACAAUAUGUUCUUGGCGCGGCGGAGGAGGAAGCUGAAGGUGUCGACCCUGUGGCUGACGGUCACCUUCCGGAAGCUCGUGCAAGAGAAUCACCCUGAGGACCAACGGGCGGCGGCGUUCAGCGCGUCCUUCAGGUGGGCACGAAAAUGGGCAAAGAGGCAUAAGCUGUCCAAACGGCGCAGGAGCAACCUCAAGAACAAGUCUGUUGAAGAGCGCCUACCAAAGAUCCAGCGCUUCCACCGGCGGUUUCGCAAGCUCCUGCAAGAGCCGGUACGGUACAGGGCACCCGAGGCAUCGGACGUGUCGGCGAUGUCGACGGUCGCGGAGGGAGAGUCCAGAGAUCCCAAGUACGGUCAGUUCCAGCUCUGGGAGCGUUGGAAUGUGGAUCAAGUGCCUUUGCCAUUCGUGAACGGGCUGAUCAGCACGUGGGAAAAAACAGGCGCGUUGCGUGUAGCCAUCUCGCAGCCCUUUGCUGGCCUAGAGAAAAGGCAGUGCACCAUGCAAGUAAUCUUUGGUCCGGGUGAGAAGACUAUGCGGAUUUCGGUGAUUUUCCGAGGCCAGGGGAAGCGGAUUUCGCCGGUGGAGAAGGCCGCGUACCACAAGGACGUGGACGUGUUUUUCCAGCAGAAUGCGUGGGCGGACCAAAAGUUCUGCAUGGAGUGGGCCAAGAGGUCGUACCGCGAAGGCCUGAUCCGCGGGCGGGGUGAGCUCCCCAAGGCGAGGUCCAUUCUGAUAAUGGACAACUUGCACGCGCAGACCACGGACGAGUUCAAGGGGUAUCUUGCGAAGCAGUGCAACACUCUCGCCUGGCUUGGCCCUGCGGAGUGCACGGACGAGGUGCAGCCAGUUGAUGCAGGAGCCGGACGAUUUCUCAAGGUGGAAGUUGGCAACGAGAUGGACAAGUGGCUCGAUCAGUCGGACAACAUCGAGAGGUGGGAAACCGCGUCGCUGACAGCUUCUGACCGGCGCGUACUGAUCACUCAAUGGGCGGGAGCGGCCAUGGAAAAACUCAACAGCAAUCAGGGGUACCGACACCGCCUUUUCGAAAAGUGCGGGAUGGCGAUGACCGUGGACGGCUCAGGCGAUGAUCGAAUCACCUUGGAGGGUUUGGACCAGCCGUACACCUUCGCAAACGAUGAAGACUCCAGCGAGAACGAAGGAGGUUCGGAGGACGGCAGCGAUGGGCCCGAGGGGAAGGAGGAGGAGGGCGCCGGAAGGCGCGAGCCGGUCGUCGGGGAUGAGCGCAACGGUGCCAACAGCGGGGAGGGCAUGGAGGGCGCUGGAUACAGCGAUGAAGACGACGACAACAUGUCUCAAUCCCAGACCGACGAGCUAGCUCUUUUGGACGAGGACGACAGCAUGGACCCAGACGACCCGGAGGACGAGACGCAGGGAAUGGAGAUCCCGGCGGGCUUUCGCCUUCAAGAAUUUACCCCCGCUGCUCUUGACAGAUUGCUUUUGCAACGUGGAGUGCUUGUUCGGCUGGGCAUGGGGUGGUUCGGUGGGUUGAUCAUUCAGCAAUCUCCGCAGCGCCACCUGUACGACUACUGUGUGCAGCUGGAAGUAGACCACAGUACGCGCAAGAUGAAGCUGCCCUUAGACAAGUACAGCGGAGAUCCGGACGCGGCGGUAGGCUCAUGGGUUUUGCUUGAGAGCGUCAGUAGGGCGGGAAGGGUACGCACCCCCAACGUCACUCUUGUGGACCAAGACGGUUGA